AUGCUUACAUCAAGACGAAAUAAUACUAAUACAACUCGUUUACCAUCAAUAUUACCUAAUUUAGGUGAUACUUCUUCACGACAACAACAACAACAAAUAUCGCAUCGUCCAAUAUCAAAUACUAGUAUUCAAUCAAUAGAUAAUGCUUAUUCUCUUGAACAUUUAUUUACAGCAUUACAUCGUCGAAUACGUCGUACAGUCCAAACUUAUAAAGUAUCAUUAUUUCAUGAAGCUUUAAAAAUAUGUGCACGUGUAUUUCAAUCAUAUGCAAGCUAUAAUUUAAAUACAAUCGAUGAAUUUGCUCGUCGUCUUGGUAAAACUCCGCGUGAUAAUAAAAAAGUAUUAAUAUUAAUUGAUCAAUUUCGUUCUCAAUUAUCUGAACUUCGUCAUUGUCAUUCAACAUUUGAAGCUGAAUUAUUGGUUACAACAUUAGUUAUUGAUUUUCAUGAAAAUGAUCUUGAACAACAAAUUAAUUUAUCAUCAUCAAAUGGAAAAUUUUCUCCACGAAGUCGUUUAUCAAAAUUUCUUAAUAAACAUAUUAAACAAGCAAUUGAACUUAAAUCACAAUUAAGACAAGCAAAUGAACAUUUACAAAUUUUACUUUAUGAUGAAUUCAAUGCUAAUACAUCAGAUUUAUGGGAAGAAAGUGAAAAAUAUAUAUCACCAUCGAUACCAUUUCACGAUCAUCAUAUGACAUAUAUACUUCGUCUUAUACCUGAUAUUGCAUUUAAAUUUACAUAUGCUUUACAAUUAUGUACAAAAUUAUUUGAACUUGAAACAGUAAUGCUUGAAAGUUAUCCACAAAUAAAUAAUAAUAAAAAUGCAUCAGAAACAACACCUGUUUCAAUGAUGACAUUCACUCCUCGUUCGGAUUAUAAUCAAAAACAAAAUCAACCACAAGCAAUAAUUCAACAAGAUAAUUAUCAAUAUAUGAAAUCGAAUAGAGAAAUUCCUAGAACAUCUGCAUUUUUCUCAACUGAUAUAACCACUGUUCCAUCAAAUAAUAAAUUACCUGAUAUAAUCGAAAGCCCUGCAUCUGCACGAAAUUAUAUACAACCAUUAGAUACAACUAAUCAACAUAAUAAUACAAUACAGUCUCCGUUAUAUUCUUUACCAGAAACAAAACCGAAUAACGAUAAAAAUGAUGAAAUAAAACUUCAGUUACUUUUAGAACAACUUGACAAACGUUUACAUGAUGAAAAUUCAUAUCGUAAAAAUCUUCUUAAUUGUAUACAACGAACAGAAAAAAAAUAUGAACAAUUAAAUCAUUAUUUCAAACCGAAUAUGUUAACAUUAGUUAUGUCGAAUAAUCCAGCUGCUGUUGAAUAUCAAAAAGCACUUUGUUCAAGUGAUUGUCAAAUUUAUAAAAGUAUUGAAGAUGAAUUAAAUAUUGCACUUAAAGAAACACAAUAUCGAAUUGAUUGGAUUGAAAUGGUUCGAACAAGAGCUCAUCAAUGUCUUAAUCAAUCAUAA